AUGUAUCGAGCGACCUUAUUCUCGCAGCUCACGAGGCUUCAACGCGACGAUUCGGUCCCCGCGUCGGCAUCCUGUUCAUGCCACCGAUGCGACCCGCCUCAAGAUAGUCUCGGCCAUUCGUCGACGCUACCAGAGACUAGCCAUUCUGCCACUGAUGAUGUUAGUGAGCAAGUUGAGGAUGAAGAUGAGGACGAGGAUGAAGAGGAUAUGGCACUGUACGCGAGCCUGUCUGAGAGGUUCAUGAAGCAGAGACGUGAAGAGAGAGAAAAGGCCAUUGCAGACGGAUGGGAUCCGGAUUCAACGCAGUAUCAGUUAUUCAGAUUGCAAAAGAUGUGGGGUAUCGUGGGAGCGCCUGUACUGAACUCACUCGGUCUUACCGAGCGCGAGCGCGACUCGGGGCUCGAAUGGAUGCGUGAAUUCGGGAGCCUCGACUUCGAUAAUGACGUGGACGACUCGAGCAAGCUCGAGUGGUACGAGAACAUCGAAGCGGUGGGCAUCUUGCCCGAAGAAGAUUGGAGCGACAACGACUCAAUGCCGAGCCUGGGUGAUCUCGAUGAGGAUCUAGUCCGCCGCCGUCGGUGUGCGCCCGCCCGUCGUAAGCGCCACCAACGUCGCGGUCAGACACCUGAGUUUGUGCGAAGGAUGACGGUAUUGCGCUGGGAUCGGUCUUGA